GAUCUGCAUUCAGUAAAAUGUUAUAAAAGAAGGCACGGCAAAUUUUAACCUUUUUUAAAUGUGUAAACAUUAUGUUUAGAUAGUACUGCAAUAAAAAAAAGGGCUGCAAUAAUAUCGCACACCGCAAUAUUAAGCCACCCUGAAUCACCGCAGGAGGAAUUCCUCAACCGCGACAGCCCUACUACUUGAUCUGGUUUGGUAGGUGUUAUGAGUAGCAUGAAGAGGAGACCACAGGUAGAGAGGCGUCUUUCCCAGGGUUGUCUUUUAGAUGUAAAGAACCCAAUGAUGGAGGCGCCGGGUGUGAAGAGAGGGCCGGCCCCCAGAUCUCAACGAUGGGUAAGAACGGAUGGCGGAGGGUUUUAGGGCUGUGCUUGGCUCAUUCUGUGUAUGAUGUCGCCGUAAUCCGAAAACGGUCAUCUUAACAAGGGUGCAUUUAGAGGCAUGCGUGAAAGAAGCUUUAUUGCAGACUUGAACGGAUAGUCUGGCUUUGACUUUUGCUCGAAGAUUAUUGAUGUGUGUGGCGAACGAAAGAGAUGAAUCCAACCAAAUGCCUAGAUGUUUACACGUUUUGACAUACUCCAGAACCGUGCCGUUCAUACGCAUGAUUGUGGGUGGAGUUGAGGCAACAGGUUUUCGGCUGACUAGCAUGAACUUGGUCUUAGUGGUGUUCCGACAGAGGUGGAGAUUACUUAAAAAAACUGCUCUAUGGAGGCUAAGCUGAGUUGAAGACUGGAAGCCACAGACUAGGGAGAGGGACCAACCGCGUACAGAAUGGUGUACGCAUGGUGUAAGAAUAUAUGGAACACCAAAAAUACAUAAACAAAACACCGCUUAGACCAAUAGUAGACAGCAUAGGUACACCAACAUACAACACGGCAAAAGAUAUCAGCAGAAUCAUCAGCCCGUUAUUAGGAAACACAGACCAACACUGCAAAAACAGCAUAGAACUGGCAAAAGAACUAAAGGAGAUCUCAAUAGAAGACAACGACAUACUCAUCUCACAUGACGUCACAUCUCUGUUCACAAAAACACCAACCCAAAAAACCAUAGACAUAGUAGUUAACAGAAUCAGACAAGACAAGACUUUACAUAAAAGGACAAACCUCACAGCAGAUGACAUAGCACAACUGAUAGGUCUGGUAGCUAACUCCACUUACUUCACAUACGACAACACAAUAUACAAACAACUGGAAGGCUUCGCCAUGGGUAACCCGUUAUCAGCCACCCUGUGCCAGUUUUUCAUGGAAGACCUGGAACAAAAAGCCAUAGCCACCGCCCCCCCCAAACUGCAAAAUAAAACGAUGGAAACGCUACGUGGAUGACAUACUGGAAAUCAUACCAAAAGGACAAACAGAAACACUAACACAACACUUGAAUUACAUUGACGACACAGGCAGCAUAAAGUUCACUUAUGAGUAGCGAUGGGUACCAAAUUCGGUACUUUUUAAGGUACCGACUGAGCACCGAUUCACGUAAUUUGAAACGGUGCCUCGUUUCGGUACCCGUCCUUCAUAACGAGAACUUACCUAGACAGCUUCGCAUGCGCAAGAGCGUUAUGUCAUCGGUCCCUGCGAGCCAGUUGUAAACAGAGCAGCAUGGUAGAAAGAACGCACGCUAAAGCUUGGGUCCACUUCACUAAAUGUGAUGGGUAACUGGGUAAUGAUGAAACCAGCGACAACAAUCUAAGUGAGACAUCUUAAAUAAAAUGUUUAAGAUAACGUUAGCUUGAUUUGUUAGCUUCCAUUCCGCUAAUGGUGCAUUCGUUUUCUCCUCGGAACUCCGAAUUCCCGACUAGAAGAACACGAACGCGCUCUAAAGUUUGGCUUCACUUUACUAAAUGCGUCGGGUGAUUGGGUGAAGAUGAAACCAGCGACAACGAUCUAAGUGUGAAGCAUCAUCGUUUUAAUCUGCUCCAGCAGUUAAAUAAACAGUUUAAGAUAACGUUAGCUUGAUAUGUUAGCUUCCAUUGCCACCGUUGUUACCAGCUAAUGGUACGUUCGCUUUCUCCUCGGAAAUUCUAACUUCCCAGUAGGAAAAAUCAAAUGAAAAAGACGGCAAAAGGAAUGAAGACACACAGUAAAUUUAGUUCACAGUAAAAAUGUUUGCUUCAGUUUAAUUAUCAGCUUAUAAAACUACAAGGACGAUGUUAAAAUACAAACAGUUGUAUGUUAUUUAUCGUGAUAUUUAUCAAAUAUGGUUAUAUAUUGAGAAAAAAAUAUAUUUAAUUAUUAAAGAGAAUUAAAAUAAUAAACACUCAAAAGUAUCUAAAAUUGGUACCGUUAAGUACCGGUAUCGAUUCAAAUGUCAAAGGUACCCAUCCCUACAUAUGAGUCAGAAACAGAAGGCAGUACAGCAUUUAUGGACAUGAACAUAACCAGACAGACCGACGGGACCCUAAACAUAAACACAUACAGGAAACCAACACACACAGACCAAUAUCUAUUAUGGACAUCAGAACACCCCACCAUACACAAAAUGUCAGUAAUCAGAACAUUAUAUCACCGAGCAAACAUGGUAACAGAAGAGAGAGACCGUAAACAAGAGGACAAACACAUACAACACGCUUUAAAGACCUGCGGAUACCCAACAUGGGCGAUAAACAAAGGAAAAUGACAAACAACAACAGAAAGAAAAAAACAACCAAAGCAAAGAACCAGAAACCCAGAAAGACAAGAACCAGAACCAGUGAUAACCCUACCAUACAUCAGCGGCAUAACGGAAAAAAUAAGAGCAACAAUGAAAAAACAAACAUAAACACACCAACAAAACCAUACACAACAGUUAGAAACAGACUAGUGCACCCAAAAGACAAGAUACCAGCUGGACUUAAAUGUGGAGUCGUUUACCAAAUCCCAUGUAAACUCUGCAAUAAAACAUACGUAGGAGAACCCGGACGCCAACUCAACACACGAACAAUAGAACACAGAAAGGAGUGUGAGAAAGAAACAAGUGGAAAACACACAAGAGCAGCAAAAGAAGAAGCAGAAAGCACAAUAAAGAAGUCAGCCGUAACAGAUCACUGCACAAGAGAAAACCAUAUAAUGGACUGGGACAACACAAGGAUCAUAAACACCGAACAACAGAAACACAAAAGAUGGAUAAAAGAAGCUAUAGAGAUAAGGAGACGUGGAUGUGGGACCAUGAACAGAGACGACGGAGUUUACACGCUGGAUCACGCAUGGGACUGCAUCAUCAGAGAGGGGAGAGCGGGCAGCAGAGGGCGACAACGUCCUCUGCUGUCCGCAGGUAAACGGAGAAGGAAGUGACGCCACCAUCAGCGUCAGCUCUGAGGAUGUUUGCAGCCAUAAACAAAACUGUUAGCAAGGUAAAGAGAAACAUUUCCUGUGUUUAUAAAAGAACCAACAAUGGAAUUUGAAGACAAACACAGCAAGAACGUACAAAAGAUCUGAACAAGCUUCUCAAGAACCUUAGCAAGACAUGGUAGGACGGAAAUGGGGCGAUAGCAGUUUGGGUCAGCUGCAGAACCCUAACCACCCUUAAAAAGGGGAAAAUUCUGGCAAAUUUCCAGUCGGAGGGGAACUUGCACCGUUGUAGGGACAUGUUUAGAGCUGAAACAACUAAUCGAUUUAAUUGAUUAUUAAAAUAGUUAACAACUUUUUUAGUCAUCGAUUAGUUGUUUAAUAAUCAUAUUUUACCGCAUAAAGUCUAUUUUUACCACAAUCUGAUAUCGGUUACAAUCUGUUAAAUUUGCCGCCAGUGUGUGGCAGUAAUGAGCCACUGAUCUACCAGUGGAGCCGUAGAAGAAGAAAUGAGCCAAUAAGUGCCCUCGGUUUUCAUGACGUAACACGUUACUGACGCUCAUCUUGCUGUGAGAGAUGGCGGAACAAGAGGAAAUACGGAAGAAAAAUAGAAGCGACAAAACUGAAGAGAAACCCCGGACAAAAACCUCACGAGUAUGGAAGCACUUCACUAGAUGCCUUGAAAAGACCGGUGACCUGCAAAAUAUGCAAAAACCAUCUAGCAUGGCACGGAAGCACGACGUCCCUAAGUGAACAUUUGAGACGAAAACACGUGGGGGCUGAUGCAGCAGAGGAAAGUCCGGUAAGUAACAGAAAAUAAACAAGCUAACGCAGAUCAAAUUUGGGAGCUGAGUUCGUUAUAGUGGAUGUUAAACAUGUUUUUUUGCCGUGUCAGUCUACGGUGUUCUACUUCUGAUUGACUAGAUGCAAUCGUGAAUCUCCUCCGUGUUGUGUAUCAUGCGCUUGCCAAAUUCAGCACGUCUGUUUAUAAGAAUGUUCUCGUUAAGAGAAAAACGGCACAAACCCAUAACUGUGUUCCUCAUUCAAAAAUGGACAACUCCGCGGAGAAAAAUAUACAGACGAGCUGUGUCCAGGUGAAUAUAACGCGGCAUAGUUGUACGCUUUCAAUUUUUAAAUACAGGAGAAAUUCAGAAAAAGUCAUUUUUUACUAUUAAAAGGCUGUUUUACUAUCUAACACUGUAAAACGCCUCACAACACAUUUUUGUCAAAAUAAAUGAUCACUGUAUAUUGUUAAUUAAUUCAAAUAAUAUAAUAUUGAUUUAGUGUUGUAGUGUGUGUGCUGCUUUAUUUUAUAUGUGUACUUAUUUCAGUCUAUUUGUGUUUCUUAUGCAGAAAAAAACAAGCAACGAUGGACAACUACAUGGGGAACAAGACACUCACCCCCCAGCAAUGCAUACCACUUACAAACUCUAUUCUAGAUUCUACAUUAUUUUUUAUGGAAUUUACCUCUUAUAUUUUGAUGCCAAAAAAUUAUUCUGGACUGAUAUUUUGCACUGUUUAGCUCAUUUUACACCGCUGACUGUGUUCAUGUGCAAUAAAAUAGAUUGCAGUCAACUGCACAAUUCUCUUAUGUUUUUCUUUUUCUUAACUGAAAUGCAUUCAUCACUUGUAUAGGUUAAAUAGCUAAACAAUAACAAACCGAUUAAUCGAAAAAAUAAUCGACAGAUUAAUUGAUUAUGAAAAUAAUCGUUAGUUGCAGCCCUAGACAUGUUAAAGAGUCUUGUGACCGGAGGGGCAGUAAUGUGGGCAGCAGCAUUAAGAACAUGGAAUCAAGACCGUCAAGGUCAGCAGAUUUAUUUGUGUCCAGCCUAACAAGUUCAACCUGGACUUCAGAAAUGGAUGAGCAUGUGAAGGAAAACCCACUGUGGCUUGAUGGAGAAGGCUCUGCUGUGCUGGAGUCUGAAAUGUCUAUGCCAGGGCUGUUCAAGUCCAGGCCUCCUGGGCCGGUAUCCAGCACGCUUCAGUGGUUUCUCUGGUCCAACACACUAGACUGAGUGGUUGCAUCACCUGUGCAGCAGCUCAUCAGGCUCCGCAGAAGUCCGUUAAUCACUUGCUGAUUGAAAUCAGGUGUGUUGAAGCAGGUUAAAAUGAAAACAUGCUGGAUACCGGACCUUGAGGCCUGGAAAUGAGUAGCCCUGGUCUAUGGGGACUUGAUCUCGUUUUGGUCCACAGCUGCGCUCCGUGAGCUCAUCACACUGUCACAGGGUGCCGCUUCCUCUGUCCCUCUGCAGCAAAACGCUACUGAACCAUCCUUAUCUGUGGAGUAUGUGAGAUUUCCACCAACAGCAAAGGGAUCUCAUGUUGUUGUGUUUUAUUUUUUAUGUUGGUGAGCUCAUCUCCUCUCACAGAUCACAGAAUCACAGUUUUCACAAUUUAUCUGAUGGUCUACAAAUGCAGUUUAAUAAUUUUAGUAUAAGUCCGGUUUAACUUGGGCUGUUAACAAUAAUAAAACUGGUGUGUAGUUUAUAAUCUGCAUUUUAAACAACUGAAGCUCAGAGAGGCGGAGUCUUGCUGCUGCGGCAUCCCAAAAGUGUGUUUUCAUUGGUCGGUUGCAGACAGGAGUCGUAGGUUUUCAAGCAUGCUUGCAGACUAUCAGAGGCUGAUUUGGUCGUGAGACGGCUCAAAAAGCUCAAAACAGAUCUCGACGGGGGACUCAUAUGGACGUAACACCGACACGGUGUGUCUUGUGAACAGGGCUUGAGAGCGAUGUAAAGUCGGGAAGCUCGCUAAUCAGCAGAUUUAAUCAGACUUUGAAAGAACAAACUCUGGGUGGAGAAGCCGGAUCUACACUUCUGCGUUUGCACGGAAACACGCAAUGCCAUUUUGCAUCGGCGCAAAGCUUUCCGACAGGCUUGCAGAGGGAGACCAAGACAUGUCCGACUUUUUAAACACUAUUCGAAUUGAGACUGUGAUUGGUCAGGACACCACUUCCUGUAAAUUCGUCAACAGCACCACCAUUGCCUCGUCAAUAUAGUGAAAAGAUAUUUAGCCGCAGACCUGGAACAGAUUGUAGAACGCAUCACAGAAAAUGUCCGAAAAUAUGAACUUGUGUUCACCGUGACUGAAGGAGUACAAAGAUACAGGGCAAAGGUUUUAUUCGUGAACAGAAUUGACGAGAAACGUGGGUCAUAGGUAUGAGCGUUAGUCACUCAGGUUUCUGACGGGCACUAACUCAAAGAUUCAUUAUAGCCAUCACGCUAGAUGCCUUUCCGUGGAGACACCGUGUUCCACCCGCUAGCAUCCACCACGGGUAACAAAUAAAUCUAAUGUCGUAACGACUCUGAUUCUCUUGAGUCGGGUGUUUUAGUAACCCACGACUUGCAACGUGUCUACUUACCCACACAACCGGUGAUCUGCAUGUCAACCACAAGAGCUCUGGUGAGCAAAGGUCCUCUUUUCCAGACUGGAUGUGUCCUCAGCUGAUCAGAACCAAAGCGUUGGAUCUUUAAUCUCCUGCGUUGUUCUGAAGCAGCAUCUUAAUCAGCUCUCCUGCUUUGUUUCUAUUGCAGCUGUUAGCUAAACACGGCUAAAGAAAACCUGCUACCACUUCAGGAUCAUCCAUCAGCAUGGACACAGAUGUUCAACAGCUGGCGCUGGUUAAAGAAGAAGCUCCUGGUGAGGACCAGCAGGACCCAGAACACCUCCACAUAAAGGAUGAACAGGAGGAACUCUGGACCAGUCUGGAGGGAGAGCAGCUCCAUCUGAAGGAGGAGACGGAUGCUGCCAGGUUUCCAGUCACUGUAGUUACUAUAAAGAGUGAGGAUGAUGAAGAGAAACCUCUGAUCUCACAGCUUCAUCAGCAGCAGAUAGAAGACAGAGAUGUUCCAACCAGCAGCUCAGCUGGUGGAGGAGCAGGAACUAGCAGGAACCCAGAUCUGAACCCUCAUGAACAGACAUCUGAUUCUUCAGAGACUGAAGUUAGUGGAGAUGAUGAAGAGGAUGAUGUUUCGAGUAUAGACUCUGAGCUGUCUGACUCUGGAGACGGAGACAAAGAUGGGAAUGAGAGCAGGUCUUCUGCGUUGGAUGUCAACACUGUUAACAAGUCCUUUAGCUGCCCUGAGUGUGGUGAACAGUUUCUCCACAAGUGUUCUCUCCAGAAACAUGUGAGAGUGUUGGGUCAUUCAGCAACAAGGUCUUUGGGCAGCUUGGUUAAUAAGAAAUGUGUUAGAGUGAAUCAGCAUCUAGACUCAGGCAGGAAAGUCCAGAAAGACCCAAACUCAUUUAGUUGUGACAACUGUGGAAAAAUAUUUAGGGGAAUAUCAAGUUUAAACAAACAUGUGAUUAUCCACAAAGGACAGAAGCCUUUUUCCUGUGAGCUCUGUGGACAAAGAUUUAGUCAAAAGGAACAUUUAAGCAGGCACAUGCGAGUCCACACAGGAGAGAAGCCUUUUGCCUGUGAGCUCUGUGGACAAAGAUUUAGUCAUAAGGAACAUUUAAGCAGGCACAUGCGAGUCCACACAGGAGAGAAGCCUUUUGCCUGUGAACUCUGUGGACAAAGAUUUAGUCAAAAGACAGAUUUAAACAGACAUGUAAGAGUCCACACAGGAGAGAAGCCUUUUGCCUGUGAGCUCUGUGGACAAAGAUUUAGUAAUAAGGAACAUUUAAGCAGGCACAUGCGAGUCCACACAGGAGAGAAGCCUUUUGCCUGUGAGCUCUGUGGACAAAGAUUUAGUCAUAAGGAACAUUUAAACAGGCACAUGCGAGUCCACACAGGAGAGAAGCCUUUUGCCUGUGAGCUCUGUGGACAAAAAUUUAGUCAAAAGACAGAUUUAAACAGACAUGUAAGAGUCCACACAGGAGAGAAGCCUUUUGCCUGUGAGCUCUGUGGACAAAAAUUUAGUCAAAAGACAGGUUUAAACACACAUAUAAGAGUCCACACAGGAGAGAAGCCUUUUGCCUGUGAGCACUGUGGACAAAAAUUUAGUCAAAAGACAGAUUUAACCAGACAUAUAGGAGUCCACACAGGAGAGAAGCCUUUUGCCUGUGAGCUCUGUGGACAAAGAUUUAGUCAUAAGACAGGUUUAAACCGUCACAUUAGAGUCCACACCGGACAUAAACCUUUUUCCUGUCAGCUCUGUGGACAAAGAUUUAACCAAUGGACACAUUUAAACAGUCACAUGAGAGUCCACACAGGACAGAAGCCUUUUGUCUGUGAGCUCUGUGGACAAAGAUUUAGUCAUAAGUCAAAUUUAAACAAUCACAUAAGAGUCCACACCGGAGAGAAGCCUUUUUCCUGUCAGCUCUGUGGACAAAGAUUUAACCAAAGAACACAUUUAAACAGUCAUAUGAAAGUCCACAUUCGACACAAGUCUUUUCCUGUGAACUCUGUGGACAAAAAUUUAGCCAAAGGACAACAUUAAAAAAUCACAUAAGAGUCCUCACAGGACAGAAACCUUUUGCUUGUGAAUUCUGUGGACAAAAACUUAGUCAGUCACAAGAGUCCACACAGGACACAACCCUUGCACAAACGCUAACGAGGUCUCUAGGUUUGUUGGACGCACGGUCAGCUUCUCAUUAACUGAUAGAGAGGUGAUAUGCGUUUCUCCAUUUGAAUCGUAAAUGGCCUGUAUUUGAUAUUAUGCCUUCUAGAGUCCUGGAACCCCCCCAAGGCCCUUUACAACACUAUCAGUAAUUCAGCUAUUCACACACACAUUCACACCCUAGUGGUGAUGAGCUACAUUGUAGCCACAGCUGCCCUGGGGCACACCGACAGAGGCGAGUCUGCCGCACACAGGUGCCACCGGUCCCUCCGAGCACCACCAGCAGGCAAAGGGGGUUAAGUGUCCUGACCAACGACAGCGACAGACUGAGUGGGGCCCGAACCUACAACCUACCAAUUACGGGGCGAGCCCUUAACUCCUGUGCCUCUGUCGCUCAUUCAUUACAGCCAUUUACUGUUUACAGGAACAACUUGACUUGGGUCAAAUCCUAAACAAAACAUGAUUAUGUAAACAAAGUCAAACUAACUGAACUGUAAUGUGACUGUAGCGGUCAACUAAAACUACAGCUACCCAGCCCUCCUCUGGGUCACCAGGUGACAGACUGACAGCCCCUUUUGAUUGUGACCACUUGUACUCACGUAACCCCAAAUGUAAACAUGUGGGUGGGAGUGCUUCAUCCUGUCACAGGGAAGCAUGAAUGGAUCUGUGGCAAAUGUGACCAUGGGCCACUUGAGACAAGCAGCGAUAAAGAGCUCACGGUGCCAGGUUCUCCACCACACCAGGCUCUUCAAGGAGCCAAGCUUUUUUGUGUUUUGUUUUUUUGUUUGUUGUUAACUGCAGGAAAUGCAGGUGUUUUGUGAAUUUUGAUCAAAAGGGGACCAAAUCUUGUACAAAUAAUAUGUAUUCAUUGUUAUUUUAGGGACAUUUAUUUAUUUUUAUGUCAGGUCAUUUUUUAAAUCGUAGCAACGCGGUACUGUUCUGUUCCAAGUACUGGCCUCAUCCUCCCAUACUUGGUACUACAGACUUUCUGCUGUACUAGUCAAAAUCAUACUUGUCAAUAGGGAUGUCCCGUUCCGAUAUUGAUAUCGGCCCAAAAACACCGUAUCGGAUUAUUAUCGGACUGCAUCAAAAAUGUCCGAUAGUAGCGGUACAUUCCGCUUUCAAUUCCAUUCCAGCGUUUCUAUCCAUCUGCGUCCGGAUCUCGUGAUCAGAACAGUGUGUGCUUACAAAGUAGAACGGAACAAUGUCGACCAUGUGGCAGAAUUUUUCAUUGAAGUCCAGAAAAGACAGUUUGGCUCAGUGCAACACUUGUCAUGCACGAGUUUCCCGUGGUGGAACAGAAUCGAGGGAGACUAAGACGUCCAACCUCAUCGUGCAUUUGUCCCCAACCUCAGCUGUUCACGUUUAUGCUGCCAAAGGUUAAUAAAACAUUGGUCAGAUUUUUACACUUA